AUGACACGGCAAUCCUUAUUAACACCCACAGAGACAGAUUAUUCAGACGCACAUGGAAAUUCAGAAGGUGCCCAACAGUAUAGGGAACAAUGGAUAAAAAUCAAGCAUCACAGAGACGAGAAUGGAAACUUAAAAUAUCCUUGGGAUUUUGAAGUCGUUCAAGGGUUCUUUGUCCAGAGCGAUAUUUCUACAGAUGAUUUUGGGUUCAAUCAUACUUUUCAAAAUAUGGGUAGAAAAAAAUCUUGGGAGGACAUAAAAACCGAAUUGAUAAAGCUUAAUAAUGAAGCUCCAGAUAAUGUUCAGUAUAAACUAAUAUUUUUUUCCCGACAUGGGCAUUCUACACAAACACAGAUUGUUGAGUUGGAAGGGUUGCAUUUAUGGCACGAAAAGAAUUGCAAACUCAUUGGUAAUGAUCAAUUUACUUGGGCCCCAGAUUCAGAAUUGACAGAGAUUGGAUUGCAACAGGCGAAGGAAAACAGAGAAUUCUGGAAAUCAGAGUUAAUGCUAGGAGCCCCCAUUCCUAAUAAAUUUUAUGUCUCGUCAUUACAAAGAGCCUGCAGCACCUUAGCUGUAACUUGGCAUGAUCUAAAACCAGCAGACAAGAGACCUGUUGUGUGUGAAAAGUUGAGAGAAAAAAUUGGGAAAAACUUGAGUGACAAACGGUCCACAAGGUCUGAAAUUCAUCAGAAAUUUGGUAGCAUUUAUGGGUUUAUAACGGACGAUUUAGAAGAGGAAGAUAUUUAUUUUACCGAGACAAGAGAAACCAUGCCUGAACAAUCACUUCGUGUAAAUGGGUAUUUGCAAGAUUUGUUUGAGCAGGAUUGCAAGUCAAGUAAAGUUGACAAAAAACUGGCAAUUGAUAACAUUUUUAUCAGUACCACUUCACAUUCGGGCACAAUUAGAUCUGCUAUUAAUGUGGUUGGUCAUAGAAAUUUUACAGUAUCUACUGGUGGCAUGCUUCCUAUAGUGAUUAAAGGUACCAGACGGAAUUAA